AAAUAAAUGUAGCCUAAAGAAAACAUUAAAAACAAAUUUAUAAUAAUUUUAUAGCUAUACACACACCAUCUAGGACUCACAAACAGAAAACAAAACAUGGAAUUAAUGUCUAUAAUGCUUUAAAAACAAAACAAAUAAAUUGGACACCAAAGUGUACCAUAUUCAUUGAAAGUCCCUAUAGUGACCAGGCAAUAGUUGAAGAUGUUGAAAUAAAAUUCUCUAUAUUUUACCCGACUGCUGCUGUAAAGGUGUGAAAGGUGUUAUCUCUCGAUUAAAGUUCAAGUUCUCAUUGUUUCAUCUGUUCUCUUAUACUCUACAAGUGUUCUUUUACAUCAGUAGAAUUUAUGAGGGAUUAUUGGAUUAUGCAACUAAGGCAUGAGACUUUAGAGCAUAACUAAACUCUCUAUUCUCAAGUGUAAUGUGCAGUGAAGUUUCUGUAAUAAAUACAUUUUCACAUUAUUUUAAUAUGUCAGAAUUCACAGUGUUGCAACCCUAAAUAUGUAGCCCUUCCUAUAAAGUGCAGGCAACCAAGUUUGUCAAAGGUCAGUCAGGUUGGUCUGUCAAAGUUCACUACAAAGUUCAAGCCUAUAAUGCAAUCGCUUAGAAAUAAGAGAUACGACAGAGAUUGUCAAUUGAAAUGCUUCUAAACUGAAUCUCUCUUUAGAAAUCUGCAUUUAAGACAUUGCUGUGUUUCAAUCACAGUUUGUUUUACUGCAUUUAGUUAUCUAGAGAAUUCUGGUUAGUUUAACUAAGUAGUUGUAACUGAUAAAGUUCUACAUGUCGACAUCACUCGCAACAGCCCUUCAAGAAUGGAAAGUUCAGGAGAAAGAAUUACAGAAGCUUCAGGAGACCCAUCGGCUUUACCUGCAGAAGUUAGAGGAAGUCUCCAAACUUCAAAAAAGCUUUGCUGCCUCCAUAGCGAGACAGAAGAAGAAUUUAAAGGAGAAUUUAAAGUCUUUGACUAAAUUUGAAAAAGGACUGACUGAAGAGGAGAAGAAUGAGGUUAAUGAGGUCAAAGGUCACAUUCGGAAUAUGCCAAGCCUAAUCUUUCAAAUGGAAGCAUUUCUGCCAAAGAAAAAUGGGCUUUAUCUCAGUCUUGUCCUUGGGAGUGUGAAUGUCAACCUUCCAAGCAAAGAGGCAAAAGCUGAAUACAAAGAUGAGUAUGAAAGGUUCAAGCUGUAUGUGACCUUGAUUCUGUUCCUGCUGACCUUCAUAUGUCGCUUCUUCAUCAGCUACAGAGUUUUGGAUGCCCUUCUUAACUUCCUGUUGGUUUGGUACUAUUGCACCCUGACAAUCCGUGAAAGUGUCCUCAUCAGCAAUGGAUCAAGGAUUAAAGGCUGGUGGGUUUUCCAUCACUACAUUUCCACCUUUCUAUCUGGGGUCAUGCUAACCUGGCCAGAUGGUGAAACAUACCAGUCUUUCAGGAACCAAUUUCUGGCCUAUUGUUUGUAUCAAAGUUUUGUGCAGUAUCUUCAGUACUACUAUCAAAGUGGGUGUCUCUACAGGCUAAAAGCACUAGGGGAAAGACACAACUUGGAUUUGACUGUUGAGGGAUUUCAGUCGUGGAUGUGGCGGGGACUGACAUUUCUUCUUCCCUUUCUCUUCCUGGGUCAUUUCUGGCAGCUUUGGAACAGUAUUUCCCUGUUCAUAAUGGCUCAGCUUCCUGAAUGUAAAGAAUGGCAGGUGGCCAUGUGUGGCUUCUGCUUUCUGGUUCUGUUUGUGGGGAAUUUUUCCACUACACUCGCAGUUGUUCGUCACAAGCACAAAACCCAGCAAAAGACCAAGAGUCUGUGAUUUUUAAGAGCUUUCAUGUAAAAAUGUCAAUGAAGACAGCAGUUAUUUUUGCAAAAUAAGCAGAUUUAAGUUAAUAUUUGGACACAAAAGUCUUUGUGUAAGAAAAUCAAAAAUUCUUUAAUUAUUUUUUUUUUUACUAUCUUUCAGAGAACAUGCAGACUGUGUUUUGUUUUUAAUAAAGGAGUACAAAGUGGGAUGUUGAACAAUUUGUAAUAAAGUUGUUUGUAUUUAAGUGGAAUUCCCAAACUUGAAUAAACUAUAAAAAUGAAAAGUGUU